ACACUUUUCUAAUACACAAACAGUAACAGUGGUUCCCGCGAGGGAAACUCGGAUCAAACUUUCUUUUUUCAUUUUGAGAAUUUAAAUUUCGCUCACUGCUCAUACCAAACACCUGCUCACACAGGAUUCCAUUUCAUUUCCUAUUUAUCUUUUUCCAUUUGAACUGAAAAUAAAAUACAAAAGAAAAUGGAAGCAGCAAUGGGAUUAAUGAGAAGAAUCCAUCCCAAGCAAACGGAAACCGCUCUCUCCGCUCUGCUCAGCCUUCUCCCUCACCACUCCUCCGAUCUCCUUUCUCAAGUCGAUCAGCCUCUUCAGGUCUUGUGCGAUGUAGAUUCUGGAAAGGAGUUCAUAUUGUGUGAAUACAACAGAGAUGCUGACUCUUAUAGAUCACCUUGGUCAAAUAAAUAUCAUCCGCCACUACAAGAUGCACUUUAUCCAUCUACAGAGUUGAGGAAAUUGGAAAUUGAAGCAAAUGAAGUUUUUGCCAUCUAUCGUGACCAGUAUUAUGAAGGUGGCAUCUCAUCUGUUUACAUGUGGGAAGAUGAUAAUGAAGGUUUUGUGGGCUGCUUUUUGGUGAAGAAAGAUGGUUCAAAGACAGGGCAGGGCAGAAGGGGUUAUUUGCAGGAGGGUGCAUGGGAUUCCAUUCAUGUUAUUCAGGUGGGGCUAGAAGAUGAAGGAACAGCUCAUUAUUGUUUGACCAGUACUGUUAUGUUGUCUUUGACUACGAAUAAUGAAUCGUCUGGCACAUUUAAUCUUUCGGGCUCUAUUAGAAGACAGAUGAACAGGGACUUCUCAGUUGCAGAUGGUCAUCUUUGUAACAUGGGAGGGAUGAUAGAAGAAAUGGAGGGCAAGCUCAGGAACUCGCUAGAUCAGGUUUAUUUUGGCAAGACAAAAGAGAUGGUAUGCACUUUGCGACCUCCGGCAGAAGUUCUGAUGAGACUGCCAAGCGUCUGAUAGUACUGAUUAUGACAUUUGAAGAUAGAAAUUUGGAUAACAAUGUAAUUGCUGGAGGAUAUAUGGAGAUUUCCGAUGUUAUGUGGAACUUGUGAAGCGUGUCAUUUGGUAGUUAGUUAAGGUAGUUCCUUUUGCACUGGUGAGUAAGCCUUUUGUGUUUUGGUGUGCAAACUGUCACAUGUUUUCUCCUAUUGUUUUGCUGCAUUUCCGUUUGAAUGAUCAACUCAUUGUCCGUUUUGUGGGUUGAGAAUGAAAUUGCUCGGUUUUUUUUUU